GUAAUGUUUAUUUCAUUUCCGUAUUGCAUUUCAGCAACAGAAAGAGGCAAACAUCUAUACUCUCUGAAUAGCCUGAAAAUCGACCUCACUCUCACAAAGACACUGCGAGAGGAUGAAGAUUAUGGCUUUCAGGUUUCUACAUAUGGUUCUUGUGCUCGUAAUCUUUGCUUGCGUAUACGCCGCGGCAGAAGAGCAAAGCCGGAAAACAAAACAGACUUACAUAGUUCGGAUGGACAAGACCAGCAUGCCAGCGAGUUUCAAUGAUCAUUCUCAGUGGUAUGCAGCAUCUUUAAAAUCAGUAUCGGACUCGGCGGAGAUGCUUUACACUUACAACAACGCAAUACAUGGCUUCUCCACUGGGCUAACCGUCGAGGAAGCCGAGUCACUUGAACAGCAAUCGGGAAUCCUCAGUGUCCAGCCUGAAGUGAGAUACGAGCUGCACACAACUCGGACGCCAGAGUUCCUCGGAUUAGAGAAUACCGAGGCUCUCUUUCCCACGUCCAACCAGGUGAGCGACGUGAUUGUUGGGGUGUUCGACACAGGUGUAUGGCCUGAGCUUAAGAGCUUUGACGACACGGGGAUGGGGCCUGUACCGAGUGGCUGGAAAGGUGGAUGUGAGGUUGGGACCAACUUUUUGUCAUCGAGCUGCAACCGCAAACUUAUUGGCGCAAAGUUUUUCUCGAAAGGGUAUGAACUUGCAAUUGGAUCAAUUGACCCAAAGACGGAAUCAAAAUCACCUAGGGAUGAUGAUGGCCAUGGAACUCACACCUCAACCACAGCAGCUGGAUCGGCCGUUGCAGGAGCUAACCUCUUUGGCUAUGCUUCUGGGAUAGCUCGUGGUAUGGCCACACGGGCCCGAAUCGCCGCAUACAAGGUGUGCUGGCUUGGUGGGUGUUUCAGCUCCGACAUCGUGGCAGCAAUGGACAAAGCCAUCGAAGACGGAGUCCAUGUUAUAUCCAUGUCUAUUGGGGGAGGGGUAUCCGAGUACUACAAUGACAUUAUUGCCACUGCAGCUUUCAACGCAACAGCCCAAGGUAUCAUUGUAUCGUGCUCGGCGGGAAAUAGUGGACCUGAUCCCGGAAGUCUAACCAAUGUAGCGCCAUGGAUAACCACUGUGGGUGCCGGAACUUUGGACCGUGAUUUUCCCGCAGUUGUUAACCUUGGAAACAGAAGGAGUUACACUGGUGUAUCACUCUAUAACGGGAAACCGUUACCUGAUUCACAAGUACCACUUGUUUAUGCCAGCAAUGUAAGCACCGAGUCAUACGGUCAUCUGUGCAUGAGUGACACUCUAAUUCCAGAAAAAGUUGCUGGGAAAGUUGUAGUAUGUGAUAGAGGAUCAAAUCCAAGAGUGCAAAAGGGUAUGGAAGUUAGAAAUGCCGGUGGCGUGGGGAUGAUAUUAGCUAACACAGAUUCUUAUGGGGAGGAGCUAGUUGCAGAUGCGCAUCUUUUGCCUACAGCAGCUGUAGGUCAGAAAGCCGGUGACGCCAUAAAGAAUUAUAUCCUCUCGAGUCAUGAUCCCACAGCUACAAUUGGAAAAGUAGAGACAAACUUAGGAGUUCAACCAUCACCGGUGGUUGCAGCAUUCAGUUCUAGAGGUCCAAACCCGCUCACUCCAGGAAUACUCAAGCCGGAUCUUAUAGCGCCAGGAGUCAAUAUCCUAGCUGGGUGGACGGGUAAAGCCGGACCAACAGGGCUGGAAAAUGAUACCAGGCAUGUAAGCUUCAAUAUCAUUUCUGGUACAUCCAUGUCGUGCCCGCAUGUUAGCGGGUUAGCAGCCCUCCUCAAGGCUUCUCACCCUGAAUGGAGCCCCGCAGCCAUUAGGUCUGCCCUCAUGACCACAGCUUACACUGCAUACAAAAAUGGGGAAACCAUAAUAGAUGUUGCUUCUGGAAUAGCCUCAACACCUUUCGACUUCGGUGCCGGACAUGUGAAUCCAGUUGCCGCUCUUGAUCCUGGCCUAGUAUACGAUGCCACGGUAGAUGACUACCUAAGAUUUCUAUGCGCCUUAAAAUAUAGUUCAGGUCAGAUUAAGAAAGCUACAAACAGAGACUUCACCUGUGAUUCGAGCAAGAACUACAGCACGGGAGAUCUUAAUUACCCAUCUUUUGCUGUUCCACUGACGACAGCUUCAGGCAAAGGGGGUGGCCUUGGCGUGUCAAGCACAGUUAAAUACACUAGGACACUGACUAAUGUGGGCAAACCGGCUACAUAUAAGGUGGUUGUGUCACCAUCAAAGGUUCCCUCUGUGAAGAUUAUGGUUGAGCCAGAAUCAGUGGCGUUCAAUGAUGCCUAUGAGAAGAAGAGUUACACGGUGACGUUCAUUGCCACUUCAAUGCCAUCUGGUUCGACCAGCUUCGCUCAUUUGGAAUGGUCGGAUGGGACACACUUUGUUCGUAGUCCGGUUGCUUUCACCUGGACAUGACAGUCUCAGGAUAUGAAGGUGCCAACAGGGUCAAGAUGCUCUCUAUAAGCAUAAUGAAUUGGUUUCUCUAUUAGAUGCUCUCUAUCUGUAUAAGGAAAUCUGGGAAAAAUAAUUGUACAGAAUACCGUGCAAGGUAUUGCCCUUAUGGAUUUAAAAUUGAACCUAGAUGUCUUAAUAUCAUCUAUCAUGGCUCAUAUAAUCCAAGAAAGUAAAACAGGGAUUCGCUUCACAGCUUCUAUGAUUUCAA